UCGAUAAUACCUGAGUGUGAAUCGUGUGCGGUGAGAGAUGAUGAUGCUUACGCGGUGCGUGACUACUGUGCGACAGGACUCCGACGACGGCAGCAAAAUGCAAGAGGCGACGAGGCCCAGGAGGACACCGGCCCACGACGGAACGGCUGUUGCCCGACGGGCGAGGCCCCUCGUGCUCGUAUUGUUAGUGUUACUCCUGCGCGGAACGCUAGGCGAGGCUUUAAAAUUGAGACACUCGAGACACCUGGAUUCACAGGAUCAAACACUGCCCUAUAACGAGGAUGAAAUUUUCAGGCCAUGCUUUUUGUUCCAGGCACAGUCCUCGGAUAAUCAUAAUCAUAAACCAGUAUUUUCAAAAUGUGCGACCUACGCGCCGGUUAUCAAAGAAGAGGAACCGGCUGGUACGGGGGUCAUCCAAGUUCAUGCCGAGGACAGGGACCCCCCUGAUUCUGGAGGUACAAUUGUCUACUCAUUCCUUUUCGCACCUGGCGAGAGGUUGAAAUUCCAAAUCGACAAUAAGACUGGAAUGAUAAAUACUACUCAGAUACUGGACCGAGAUGAACCGGCUCGAGAAAAGGAAGUUUACCUUACGAUUUUGGCUAAGGAUAACGGUAGGCCCCAACUUGACGAUGUCUGUACGUUCAAAGUCACCAUCUCCGAUGUUAACGACAAUUCGCCUACAUUUGACAAAGUGGCAUACACGGAGUCGGUACCUCAAGAUCUUCCCCUUGGAAGAGAAGUCAUGAGAGUUUCAGCGACUGAUAUCGAUGAUGGUAACAAUUCCGUGGUUCGUUACAGUUUGACCUCUAAAAUACCCGAAGAUGAAAUGUAUUUCCGAAUCGAUAAAAACACUGGUAUCAUAUUCCUCAACAAAACGAUCGAUAGAGAACCUGACUACAAAUUUUCCUUGACAGCUAAAGCCGCAGAUCAAGGAGAGCAUUCAAAGCCCAGUGAGAUAGACCUGGAGAUAAGAGUUGUCGAAUCUUAUAAAAAAGCACCUGCGUUUUUGAACAGAACGUCAGAACCUUUGAGGCUGAACGAAAGCCUCAACGAUUUUGGACGCAGUCUUAUCAAGCUAAAAGCAGUUUCAAAUAUCGACGGAGACCCCGAAGUAGUUUUUCGACUAGUUAAUGGCCGAACCGAGCAGACUAACAAGGCAAAUACGUUCAGACUCGAUCAAUCUGGUAAAGAUGAAGCCGAUAUAAAACUGGCUAAGCAUCUUGACUUUGAAAGCAAUACAGAUUAUACCCUGAUAGUUCGUGUCUCAAACAAAGAACUAUUGGCUGCUGAGACUUCUAUCAACAUCGAAGUUCUUGAUGCUAACGACAACAUACCGAUAUUUCGUGACAUAAAAGAGGGUAGUGUAUUGGAAAAUGAACCACCGGGAGCUCCAGUGAUGCAAAUUCGAGCUAUAGACGCAGAUGGCACCUCUGCUAAUAAUCAGGUCUCCUAUGAAUUGGAGAGCCAUAACCAAUUUUUUGCUAUUGAUAAACUAACCGGUAAUCUGACAACGCGCACGACUCUUGAUAGAGAGAAAGUUGCGGUAUAUACUGUACAAGUAGUUGCAGUGGACAACUCACCUAGUGCCCUUUACCAGAAUGGUGAACCUAACAAGGGACGACAAGUCUUCACUGUCACAAUUGCUGACAAAAAUGACAAUCCGCCACACUUUACUCAACCAGUGUACACAGCUAAUUCCAUACCGGAAAACGCAAACCUCAAUCAUCCUGUGAUUGAAGUUAAAGCCAUUGAUCAAGAUACAGCUAGUCUUGUUACUUACAGUAUUAUAUCAGGAAAUACUGGAAACGGUUUCGAUAUUGAGCCUAACACAGGAAAGAUUUACGUCAAGAACCUACUCGACUAUGAAACUAUUACUGAAUAUAAUUUAACCAUUCGAGCUUUUGACGGUGUGUUUUCCGACACUGCCUACGUCAAGAUUUUCAUCGAUAAUGUAAACGAUACCCCACCUGUAUUCAAAGAUUUUAUGAAAGAUCCUACUAUUCAGGAGGAAAGCUUAGUUGAAGGGUGCAUAACCACUGUGUCAGCCUACGAUCCUGAUAUUGAGGAUAGGAAUGCUGACCAGCAUAUUGCGUAUUUCAUAUCCAAGGAACAGCAAAAGCCUUUCCUAACCAUAGACAAAUCAGGAUGUUUGAAGUUGAAAAAAUCACUCGACCGGGACCCGCCGGAUGGAUAUGACACUUGGGAGGUUCGGGUCGUGGCACGAGACGAGGAUGGAGGGCCAACUGCUUUGCACGCCACUACGACGAUUAAUAUUAAAUUGGAGGAUGUGAACGAUAAUGCACCUUUCUUGGAUAUGCCUCAACCAGUGGUAUGGUAUGAAAAUGAACCACCUGGAAAAAUAAUUGAACUGCAGGCAAAGGAUUGGGAUUCGGAUAAAAAUGGCCCGCCUUUUAAAUUCAAGAUCGAUGCGACUGCUGACGAAGAGUUAAAAUCUAAAUUUUCCAUACAAGACUCGAGUCUUUACGCCAAAGUAAAAUUUGACAGGGAAGAACGUAAAACCUAUGAUAUUCCAAUAGCUAUCACUGACAGUGGCUUGCCACCACAAACUAAUACAUCCAUAUUAAAAGUCGUCAUAGGAGAUCGCAAUGACAAUGCGAUGGAAGAAGGUUCUAGUAGCAUUUUUGUGUACAAUUAUAAAGGGGAAGCACCAGAUACAGAGAUUGGAAGAGUAUACGUUAACGAUCCAGAUGACUGGGAUUUGCCAGACAAGUAUUUCACGUGGGAUUCUACCCACGAAUAUUUUUUACUUGAUAAUCACACUGGUAUGAUAACAAUGCGAAAAGGAACACCCAAUGACACUUAUGUCCUGAAGUUUGUUGUCACUGAGGAAAGCAAACUGGUACCACAUCACAAGGUUAAUGCCUAUGUGAAUGUAACGAUUAAAGAAAUACCAGAAGAAGCUGUGACUAAGUCAGGAUCUAUACGGUUCUCAGGUCUCACUGCGGAAGAAUUUGUCGCACCCGGAGUAUCCGGUGUAAGCAAGAAAGAAAUUUUCCAAGUACAAGUAGCAGCUAUGCUAGAAACUGCGGUUGAAAACGUUGACGUAUUCACAGUGUUACAUUCGCCACAUCAUAACAACAAAAGUCUCUUGGAUGUUAGAUUCUCAGCUCACGGAAGUCCUUACUAUGCACCUGAAAAAUUGAAUACAAUUGCUACUCUCCAUAUUUCGAAGAUAGAAAGUGAAUUGAAUACGAGUAUAUUGCUUAUAAACAUUGACGAAUGUUUGUUCGAAAGUCUCCACUGCAAUAACUCUUGUCGUAGUAUAUUGGACGUCAGUUCCAAUCCAUAUGCAGUUUACACAAAUACAACUUCGUUUGUUGGUGUUAGAGCAGUUGUUGACGCUCAAUGUAUUUGCCACGUAGCUGAGCCAACUAUCAAUUGUUUGAACGGUGGGACUCCUCUGGUUACUAAGUGCGAAUGUCAACCAGGUUUUGAUGGCCCAAGAUGCGAGCUAUUGGCAAUCGGUUUCAACGGUGACGGAUGGGCUAUUAUGCCUCCUCCUGGCCAAGCCUGUGACGACUCGCAUCUAGGACUGGAAAUUACACCUCAAGUUGAGAAUGGGCUUGUAUUUUACUUUGGUCCGAUGAGCCAUAUUCCUAUUUUGGGUAUCCAAGAUUUCAUGUCUUUAGAAAUACAGGGAGGUCAUGCUGUUCUGCUGGUUGAUUAUGGUUCUGGGACGAUAAGGUUGGAACAAAACAAGAUUGAAUUGAUGGAUGGGAAGAGUCAUAGAAUCGACGUUUAUUGGACUAAGACUACGAUAGAAAUGAAAGUCGACAACUGCCAAAUGUCUUCCUGCAUGAAAUUGACAGUACCACAAGGACCAAAUGAAUUUCUCAAUGUCAACAGUCCCCUACAAAUUGGAGGUUCUCCAAUGAACCUUGUCUAUCUUGCAAGUCAGUUCAACUGGGAUUACAAACCGACGGACAAAGGAUUUACUGGAUGCAUACGCAAUAUGACUAUAAAUGGAAAUACGUACAAUUUAGGACUGCCAGAAUAUUUCAAGAACAUAGACUCUGGUUGUAAUCAUGGAAUGGCCAAAGCCGUCACAUUUGGAAUUGACACAAACUUCUUAGUCGCCAUUCUAGUCUGUGUGGCAAUCCUGCUGAUCUUAUUACUAGCUGUAGUGGUGCACAGAAGAAAGACCGACGACUUGUACAAAGACAUGGACGAUAUUAGAGAGAAUAUCAUCAAUUACGAAGACGAAGGAGGUGGUGAAGUCGAUACGGGAUAUGACUUGAACGUUUUCCGCGGCAUAUACGAUGCCCCACCCAUAGAUUCAAAAAUGGCACCUGUCGGACUCGAAGGACGCGCUCCAGAUACUGGUGAUGAAGUGCCCGACAUUUGUGGGUUCUUGGAUGGCAAAAAAGAAAGUUGUGACAAAGAUCCUGAAACGAACGCAUUUGAUGAUGUCAGGCAUUAUGCGUACGAAGGCAAGGGUAAUUCAGAAGGAUCUCUGUCGUCUCUCGCUUCUUGUACUGACGACGGUGACUUGAAGUUUAACCAUUUGUCGAACUUUGGUCAAAAGUUUUGGAAGUUGGCUGACAUGUAUGGGGAGGAGCCAAGCGACGAAGACAGUGAUGGCGUUGGGGAACGUGAAAGCGAAAGCUGGUGUUAAUUGAAAAGACUUUUUUAACUAUAAACACUUUAUAGAUAUUCCUGAUAUAGACAUUUUCCCGAAAUAUUUACAAAGUUGAGAAGAAGGAAACGCCACCUUACAACACUACUGUACUUAAAAGCAUAGGUGAAGGACUUGUGGCUUGGUGAAACGACGAUUUCGGUUUGUAUUCAGUUUCAGAACUUUAUGCAACACCAAAGAAUUAGAACUAACAAGAUAUACAAUACGUGAAAAAUGAAGAGACUAUCAUUCCGCGCAGUGCUGAAGUGAAUGCAUUAUUUCACGUAAUACGCCAGGCUUGGACUUUUGAAUCAUUUAGUAUUUAAUUAUAAUCAGUCUGUUGAUGAUUAUCUUGGUAAACUCCGAAGUGGGUUGGACUUUCUCAAGAUAAGAACAAUUAUUUCGGUAUACGUGAAAUAUUAAGUUCAUAUUAUUUUCACGUAUGCCUAAAGUGCUUAAUGUUUGAAGUGAACAAAAUUAUUUGAAAUUCAUACAGCGCACGAUCGAGUUGUUGGAAAUACACCCGUACCAGUGCAGGCCCUCUCUUUAUUCAUUAAUAAACGGUGUCAUGUAAUAUA